AUGCAUCAACUUACCUUUCUCCUCAUCCUCUUCUUCUUCCUUGUUGUUCAAAUGCCAUCAACAAUUGGAGAUGUCAAAACAGUUACAAUCUCCUCAGACUCUCGUCCCAACAUCCUUUUUGAAGAUUUCUGUUUCGAUCUCACCGGUCAUGUCACUCUCAGCAUUUCCAAUGUCUCCAUCAACACCAUCUCUACCACCCCAAUAAACUCAUCGCGUAUAGGUUUCUUCUUUGGCGAUUUAUCUGUCCUCGUAUAUUAUGGAUUUCUGAUAACUGGUCAGGAAGGAAAAACAUGCAUUGUUGAGUCCCCCCACCUAAUCCCAGGACUUUUCCAACCCAUAGCCACAUUUGCAGAACUCUCACCUCCUCCCCAAUCUUCCGUCAGUAAAACCCUCCCCAUCCCUGCUUUUACUGUGAACAACGAAACCCGCCCCGUCCAUUCACCAGACCAUCUCGGAAUCUACUUUUCCAAUUGCGAGCCGAAUACCUCCGUCUCAAUGCACGUUCACGUAGAAACCUAUAACGUAGACCGAGAUGGCAAGGACUAUCUUGAAGUCGGUAGAACUCAAUUGCCAAUGAUCUACUUCAUUUUUUCCGUUCUUUACUUGCCGUUUCUAGCCUUGUGGGUGUACAUAUGCUACAAGAAUUGGUCGUUCAUUCGCAAGAUACACAUUCUAAUGGCCAUAUUGGUCGUAAUGAAAUCGUUGAAUCUAUUUUUCGAGGCAGAGGACAAGCACUUCAUCAAGGUCAGUGGAACCCCUCAUGGAUGGGACUUAUGGUUUUAUUUGUUCCAUUGUCUUCGAGCUCUGUUAUUGCUAACCGUAAUCAUGUUGAUUGGGACUGGUUGGACAAUCUUAAAACCAACUUUACAUGCCAACGACAAGGAAAUUUUGGCUACGGGCGUAACAAUUCAGGUUUUUGCUAGCAUAGCCCAUGUUUAUACCGAUGAAAUCGGCCCGUCAAAUAGGUACUACUUGUUUUUGACUCUGGUGUUAUUGCUUGUCGAUUUGGUGGGCUUCGCGAUAGUUUUCGUUCCGAUUGAUUCGUCCAUCAAAACACUCAAGGAAGCCGCCGAGAUGGAUGGAACUGCUGCGCAGGAUCUCGGAAAGAUGAGACUUUUGAGAAAUUUUAACGGAUGCGUGCUUGUUUUCUGGCAAUUGAAGUGGUUGGCGUGGAUUUAUGUCUCUACGAUUCCCGAAGAUGAUUGUGGUUUAGAGUGGUUGAUCGUUACGGUUGAAGAGACUGUUGCCAUUGGAUUUUACGUUGGCAUGUUUUAUCUGUUUCGGCCUCGGGAGCAAAAUGAGUAUUUUAUUGUUCAAGACGAAGAGACGGCUCUCGCUACGAUUCGGAGAGAGUUUGAAUCAGAUUCGGAUUAA